AUGAAUCCUGCCAGAGAAAAACAAAAGCGCAAACCGCCUGCGCAGAAUCCAAUCGAGGCUGCGAUAACGACCUGGCUGAGCCUCUCGCCACAGACAGACCUCGAGCCGGGCGAGCUCAUCGCCCAGGCGCCGAAGAGAUGGACAGCCUACGAGCCCAUGGUGCUGCUCCCCACCGGGGCCUUUACUAUAUCUGGAUGGCAAGCAGUACUAAAUUCAUCUGGCGACCAGCGGGCGAAUGAGCUAUGGAAGACAAUCCUAUCCGAGAUCUCCAAGCGCUCGAAAACGGAGCUCACACACCUAGCCGUCAACGAGGGGAUCCCGCUCCAUAACGAGCACUCCGAAUCAAAGCAGCAGACAACCACCUCAAAUACACCCGGAGACAACAUCCUGCGCAGUCCCAGCGGCCUCCGUAUUCUUUACGGUGACUUCGGACCCUCUGAAGUCCUCUCGGCAGAUCAUGAUGGAGCGGGAGCGGGAGCGAGGGCAGCAGAGACCGACUUCCAGCGCGCGUUCUGGGUGCACACGAAGCAGAACGGCAUCUUCCAGGCGUGGGCACCGCGAUGGACCAUGUUCAGCCGGGGCAAUAUCAAGGAGAAGGCACGGCUGCUGGACUUCCACCACGCUGACGGUGGCGCGAUAAGCGGCGGAAACGAAGAACGACUGUUGCAACACCGGAAGAAGCCGCCCGCGGAGUUGAAGAACGCAGUGGCCGUCGACCUGUACGCCGGCAUUGGCUACUUUGUGUUCUCGUAUGCGCGCCUCGGCAUGCGAGUCCUGUGCUGGGAGCUCAACCCCUGGAGCGUGGAGGGCCUGCGCCGGGGCGCAAAUGGGAACGGGUGGUCUGUGAAGGUCGUGCAGGGGGCAGAUCUCAGAUUAAGAAUGGAGGACCUACUGGCUGGCGGGGAGCAGAUCGUGGUGUUCCUGGAGGACAAUACGCGCGCUGCGGGGAGGAUCAGGGAGUUGAGGGCCCUGGAUGGUGUCAUGCACGUCAACUGCGGCCUCCUGCCUACGAGCUACGCUUCGUGGAGGGAUGCUUGGGAGAUUGCUGGUAGGAGCGAGGAGUCCUGGCUGCACCUGCACGAGAAUGUGGGCGUGGCGGAUAUCGCGACACGGAAGGGGGAGAUCGAGCAAUGGUUUCUGGAGCUGUCGCGAGGGGAGAGGAACACCAAGGCAGCUUGCGUCGAACAUGUCGAGCUCGUCAAAACGUUCGCGCCAGGAGUUUGGCACUGCGUGUUUGAUCUGUACAUUACAAGGUCUAGUAGUAUAACAUGA